CCCCUAUUUUUAAUUUUGGGGAUGAGCACGCCCAUCUAGAUAGAUAUCUAGAUGUGAUAUGGAUGUGACAGCGUUGGCAGUGAGGAGAGAAGGGUCCAGUCAGCAAGACCUGCUGGCUGAUGGUUGCAGGGUGGAGGAGACAUAUCAAGUCCUAGUCCAGGCAUUUCCCAUGUGUGGCAGUGUUCCUGGCGAGGGUGAUAAAGGCUUGCAAGAAGAUAGCUGCCCCGGGGCAGCCGAUACUUUCAUCCCUAGGGAGAAAAUAUGGAAAGGGGAAAAUGUGCUGAAAGUGUGUUUUUUAAAUGCGGACUUUAUUGACGAAUGGAAUUGGAAAAGCAAGGGACAGCCUAUGAAUGUCAACACGAUCAUUGCCUGGGCCAACGCUUGGCAGCCAUGGAAGGGGACGGGGAUUCCUCGUUUUGAGACAACAGUGUUUGCAAAAAAAGCUGAUAUAAGAGUCAAAUUCACAAAUGGUAACAAAUGCUGGUCAACGGUUGGUAAAGAAAGUCUAAACGUCAAAGAGCUUGAAAAACCAACCAUGGUGCUGAGUUUAAAUGGCCAUACCCAUUACAUUCAGGAAAGUCUGGUCAUCCAUGAGUUUGGACAUGCCUUGGGGCUCGAGCAUGAACACCAGCGCUCCGACUUCUGGGAUAUUCUUGGUAAAUUCUUGGAUACUGAUGAGAUGAUGAAGUCGCCUCGUGUCAGUGGCUCAGAAGCAAGUCAGGAAAACGGUGGAGUUAAUAACUCCCAGUGGUUUCGUAAGAAUAUUGCUGAUGGCAAUGUGGCUCUGUCAGAGUAUGACCCACAGAGUAUCAUGCACUAUCAGUUUGAAUUAAGCUGGCUCAAAUGUGAGGAUUACAGGACGUACAAGAACAUCGACUUGGAUUCGUCCCUAACCCCAAAGGAAAAGAAGUACUUGAAGGGCAUUCACACGCGAUGUGAACAAGAGGAGCUACCCAGGCAACCCUCCAGAUUAGACAUCCUGGAAGUCAUGAGAGCUUAUGGUGCUGAAAAUGUCAUGACUAAACAACACAUUGACAAGAUAUGGAAGGACGAAGACGUGUUGAAGGUGUAUUUUAUAAAUGAUAAGCUGAUCAAGAACGAUUGGAAGUAUCGUGGUCAGCCUAUUAGUAUCAAGACUAUCAUGGAAUGGGCCCAUACUUGGAAUUUGAAACCGAUUCCCUACUUUGAGGUCACUGAGAAGAGGAGUGAGGCUCAUGUACGUGUGGAGUUCACAGAGACUGAAGGCUGCUGGUCUAUGGUCGGAACAGAUGCAAUAAAAAUUGAGGCUGACAAACCGACAAUGGUGUUGAACUUUAAACACUUCACACCAGUGCAGCAAGUCAGCAUUGUAGUGCACCAGUUCGGACACGCCUUGGGGCUAGAACACGAACAUCAACGUCCAGAAUUCUGGAAUGCUGUCGAGAACCAUUUGGACAUUGAGAGAAUACGGAGGGAUCUAAAAGCGGUUGGCUAUAAAGCAAAAGGUGGGGACCCUCCGUUUGAGGCGGACUGGUAUAAGAGAAACCAUCUGGGGGUGAGCGUGAACAGCUUGUCUGAUUAUGACCCCAAGAGUAUAAUGCACUACAGUUUUGACACCAAGUGGCUCAAAGAAGAACGGCUCCAAUCGUGUGAGAAUAUCAACAGUGACAACAACAUGACUGCCAAAGAGAAGAUGUAUCUCAAAGGGAUUCAUGAAAGUCAGCAAAUGACCAAGCGUCCUUCCGAGAAGGACCUUGAAAGGCUGAAAACUGCUUAUGAGUGUGCAUGUGAACACCUAAGAUAGUACUAGUUAUUUUUGUGCUCAUUUGCAAAUAUGUCGAUCAUUGCACAGUCAUGAAAAUUGGUACUAAUACUAUAUAAAUGACACAAACAUAUAAAAUUAUGAAGAAA